AUCACCGAUCGAAGUAGUAGUUACUUAACUAGAAAAAGGACAAGAGACAAAAGAUUUGUGGCAAAGACUCUGAAGAAAGAGAAAGAAGAAAAGUACGUAAUGGAGAUGUUUUCUUGGAUUCGGUUCUUAAUAGUGGUGGUGACUUGUUUAUUUCCGUCAUCGGUCGAAUGCAUGGUUCGACACUACAAAUUUAACGUGGUGUUGAAGAACAGCACAAAAUUGUGUUCAACCAAGCCCAUUGUGACUGUAAACGGAAGGUUUCCUGGUCCAACUAUAUAUGCAAGGGAGGACGACACCGUUUUGGUCAAGGUGGUCAACCAUGUCCAAUAUAAUCUAAGUAUCCAUUGGCAUGGUAUCAGACAAAUUAGAACAGGCUGGGCUGAUGGGCCAGCAUACAUUACACAAUGUCCGAUUCAGCCAGGACAGCAGUACAUAUACAACUAUACGCUCACAGGCCAAAGAGGCACUCUGUGGUGGCACGCACACAUUCUAUGGCUCAGAGCUACUGUCCAGGGAGCCAUAGUCAUCUUACCCAAACGUGGUGUCCCAUAUCCAUUUCCUGCACCACAUAAGGAAAAAGUUAUUGUUUUAGGCGAGUGGUGGAAAUCAGAUGUGGAAGCAGUGAUUAACGAGGCUUUGAAAUCUGGUUUGGCUCCAAAUGUUUCUGAUGCACACACAAUCAAUGGCCAAGCCGGCCCUAUCUCAGGAUGCUCCUCGCAAGGAGGGUUUAACUUACCAGUAGAAAAUGGUAAGAGAUACUUACUCAGAAUCGUCAAUGCCGCACUCAAUGAAGAGCUCUUUUUCAAGAUCGCUGGCCACCAGGUCACAGUGGUCGAAGUUGAUGCUGUUUACACCAAACCCUUCAAAACUGACACCAUUGUCAUAGCCCCAGGUCAAACAACAAACGUCCUCCUCCACGCUGACCGAAAAGCUGGCAAGUAUCUAGUUGCCGCAUCUCCAUUCAUGGAUGCUCCAGCCAUCGUCGUCGAUAACAAGACCGCCACCGCCACUCUGCAUUACUCAGGAUCCCUUUCUAGCUCCCACACCAUCCUCACGUCUACACCUCCGAGAAACGCCACAUCAAUCGCCAAUACCUUCACCAAAUCCUUGAGGAGCCUAAAUUCUAAGAAAUACCCUGCUAGGGUUCCACUAAAGAUUGACCAUUCUUUGUUAUUCACUGUCGGACUCGGAAUCAACCCUUGCUCCACUUGCAUCAAUGGCAGUCGAGUAGUGGCUGAUAUCAACAAUGUCACAUUUGUUAUGCCCAAAAUUGCUCUCCUUCAAGCUCAUGUCUUCAAUAUUAGCGGAGUUUUCACUGAUGAUUUCCCUGGAAAACCGCCAGUGACCUAUAAUUUUACUGGAGCGCAGCCAAACAACUUUGCCACCACGAAUGGAACUAGGCUUUACAGACUUGCUUAUAAUUCUACAGUUCAACUAGUUUUGCAGGAUACUGGAAUGCUGACUCCUGAAAACCAUCCAAUUCAUUUGCAUGGCUUUAAUUUCUUUGAAGUUGGGAGAGGAUUAGGAAAUUUCAACAACAAAAUAGAUCCAAAAAACUUCAAUCUAGUUGACCCAGUUGAGAGGAAUACUGUGGGAGUACCUUCAGGUGGAUGGGUUGCUAUUAGAUUUAGGGCUGAUAAUCCAGGUGUUUGGUUUAUGCAUUGUCAUUUGGAAGUGCAUACAACAUGGGGGCUAAAAAUGGCAUUUGUGGUGGACAAUGGAAAAGAGCCCAAUGAAUCUGUUCUACCACCUCCAAAAGAUCUUCCAAAGUGUUAGUUUGCGGGCUAAAUAAAAUUAUUAACAAUGUUUUUGAAGCUUGUUUUGUAUACCAAAAUAUGAGAGUUGAAACUUAAUAUCAGCAUUAAUUAGGUCAAGAAAAAAAAAUCAGUUCUUUUGAGCUAACCAAGGAAGCAGCUCAUAUACUUGAAUAACAAAGCAAUUAUUAAUAUUGCCACAUUUUUCGCUUCUUUGUGUGUAUUUUGGUUUUGUUAUUUUUUUUAAUGAAGUGCGAGUAUUUAAGUAAUGAAAGUAUAUGUACAAUAUUGUUACUUCAACCAAUAAUCAAUUUCGUUUUUCUUUUGGUGACAAA